GCCGCUUCCGCCUUCACAUCCCGUGCUAAGAUGGCGGCGGCGGCGGAGGAGCCGUUGCGGCUCUCGGAGCUGCUGGAGUCCGGCUGGCGGCUGCUGGACGAGGUGGAGAGCAGCACGGAGCCCUCCUCGGGGGCGCCCGCCGUCCAGCGCAAAGUCCAGCGCGGCGUCGCCCUCCUGGAGCGCGCCGCCAGCGCCGUCGCCGAGCUCCAGCUCUUCAGCCAAAAUGAAGACCUGGAGGAGAUUGCAUCGGCAGACCUGAGAUUCAUGCUGGUACCUGCUCUGCUGGCAGCCCUCGUCUUAAAACAAGGCAAUCACAGCAAGCGGCUGGAGCAUGUGGAGAAGGCACGGGCCUCGUUCAUGAACUUCUUGAGAGUCUGCAAGGACUAUGGGAUUGGCCAGUUUGAACUCCCUCGGGAACCGGAGAGCCUGGAGGAAAGUGAGUCUGCUGGGAGCUCUUGGAACCCUGCUCCGGCGUCUGAUCAGGUGGCUCUCAUUGCCAUGGCGUCAAAUAGGCAGGCAAAAAUUGAAAGAUAUAAGCAGAAGAAGGAGGUGGAGAAUCGUCUGGCUUCCUUGAAACCCUUCAUUGACAGUGGCCGAGCCGAGGAAGAGCAAAUACGGGAGUUCUACUUACUACAAAUCAAGAAGUGGAUAACCACAAGCCUGGAAGAUAUUGAAAGCAUUAAUCAAGAAAUAGCGAUCCUCAGGCGGCAGGGUGCUCUCAAGCAGGGUUCAAUCCAGCAGCCUUCCCAUGUGCCGAGGCCUCCAGUGAAACCCUUCAUCCUUACCCGGGAUGCUGCUCAGGCAAAGGUGUUUGGUGCUGGCUACCCUAGCUUGGCGACCAUGACAGUGGAUGACUGGUAUGAGCAACACCAGAAGCAAGGAGCCAUGCCUGAUCAGGGCAUCUCGCAAAAAGCCUCAGCAGGUACAGAAGAGCAGCGGAAGGAACUGGAAGAAAAGGCCGCGGAAGAGGCAGAGGCAGCAGAAGACGAACUAGUGUGGAAAGCAAGGGAGUGGGAUGAAUGGAAGGACCUGCACCCGAGGGGUUAUGGCAACCGGAAGAACAUGGGCUGAUAGACGUCCUAGGGAAGAGCCUGCAGCCCUCUCUAGCAAGUGCGUAGAAGCUGCACGGGGCUUCCUUUCUUGAGGGAUGAACAAGACAAGGUUUAUACUUCUGGAUCAUGUCAAAUGCCAGGCGUGACUUGUGUAUCUGGAGUGCAGCAGCAGCGUCGUCGUCAUGUGGAGGCCUUACUGGGGGGGGGGGGGGUGUUGGAUUUCCUGGCACCUCCCUUUCCCAAAGGAGUACUUGAUGAGCUGGAUGGAUAUCAAUUUGGAAGUACUUUUGGUCGCUUUAACUUAUUUAUUUAAAAAGGUCAAAUAAAAUGCCUUUGUUGGCUCAUCUAA